GAAAAACUGGGAUGUGAGAACGAUGAAUUAAUCUCUCCAGAAUUUACUGUUCCAUCAAACGAAGACAUUUAUGCGAAAGCCGCAAAUUCUACCUUCAGCCAGCGCUAUACGGGAAAACGACCCGUUUAAGCAUACAAGGAAUGUCUUCAAUCGCAGAUGAUCAAUUCUCGGAUGCUUUAAAUCCCCCUCAGUCUGCGCAACCAUUUCAAUCAUUGUUCGGAGGUCCUGCCAGUCAAGAUGUGGAUUUGGAACCGUACUCAGAGAGUGACCAGGGUGCUGGUACUCAAGACCAAGAUGAUCUCGACGUGAUCAUGGGCAAUAUGCCCAUGAUGGAUGAUAAUCAGUCUGAUGCAACAUACCACGCCAGUGAUGAAGAUGACUCCGAACCCCAUAACGCGAGGAAUGAGACCAAUGCGCAGCCAAAGAAACGCAAGAGGCCGCCUGUUGUGGCUAGGUCGAUUAGUCCGCCGUCGUCUCCUGAAGAGCGGCCUAACAGGUUCCGCGGUCCUGAGUCUACAUGGAGGAGGUUGACUGCGGAGGAGAGGCAGAAUGCCCAGGCUUUGGAGACGAUUCGGGCUAGGGAUCUUGCGGCUCAUCUUUACAAUUCUUAUGCGCUCCGUGUACGGGCCCGUGAGAGAGGACGGGUGGCUGUGAGGGAGGGUAAACGGGUGGAUGUGACGGAGGCAUUUGCUCCUCCUAAGGGAUGGGCGGCGUGGCCAAUGUCUGCUGACAAGGUGCCUCGGGCGGACGAGCGUCUUAAAAGAGAGGAGGACGCCGCAUGGACGUUAAGGAUGCCGUCUGAUCCACGGCCAAGUGCUGAUCUGGAAGAAUCUGUUAUCGCUAUGAUGCUCAAAACAGCCAAGGAGAGGUUUAGGACUAGGGAAUGGGACCACAGGCGCACGGUAUAUCAACCAAGAACAUCCACUACAUUUCGAGUUGACACCAACGAUGAAAGUACGGCUUAUGAGGGAAGUGAUGGGGGAUAUUUGGAUGACGAAGAACUUCGCCCCGUGGUUCAAGCCGAUGACGAGAAAUCCAGACAACAACUACGGCCCAUUUCUCGAAAUGUUCUUACUCAGUUCGAUCAACUUCUGAUGGGUCUCCAUCAUGCGCAGACAGGGGGUGCUCGAGGAGGUGACAGCUCAGCAAGUGAAAUGCAGUCGGAUACGGAGAGUAUGGCUUCGAGCAGAUCAUCUCCGAGAAAAAGAAAUCCCGAAGAGACGGAGAGAAGUCAGUCACGAGGUCGUAAACAAUCCCGUCGACCUUCCCAGCAUGAGAAGCCUCUCUCUCGCUCCAAAGUGCAACCUACAUCGCGCUCACGCAGAAGGUCACUUGGUCGAGGACACGGACGAUCCACAAGUCGCCUUCGAGGCGGACGCGGUCUCCGCGAUUGGAGUGAAGUUUUAGGUGUUGCAGCCAUUACAGGGUGGCCAUCUGCAGUAAUAAUGCGCACAGCAAACCGGUGCUCCGCGUUAUUCGGAGAAGACAUGACAUUCCAGAAAUUCAAUGAGGGAGCAGUGAAACCCAUUGAAGAAGAUAACCCGACAAACGUACAAUACAUGGAAAGCGAGUCCGAGUCUGAACCCGAACCCAAAAACCCUACGCCCCCACCUAUAUCUCGACAGUCAUCCAGAAACCCGCGAUCCAGGGCAUCCUCUGUCAGGCACGAAUCUACUUCCAGGCCUGCUAGUCCCGCGACUGCUGACAAUGGAGCGCGCAAGGGUAAAGGGCAGCAUCGCAAGCAGGACUUGGUAUGUCCAUUCAAAUCUUGUCCCCGGCAUGUGGAUGGCUUUUCGCGGACGUGGAAUUUGAAUCUCCAUAUGAAGCGCGUGCACCCGGGCUACCGUCCGAGGACGCCUGCGCCUAUUAACGUUGAUGCUAGUAAUGGGGAUGAGCAGUGACCGGCUGUUACUGGGACAUGAAUUUUAGAUGGGCUGCACUAGCCUCACUUUUUAACUAUGUACAUAUACUCCUUAGACUGUUAUAGACAAGCUAUACCCUUGUAUAAUGAGCAUCUUGUAUACUCCAAAAAUACGAUAUCGCGUAUUGGCGCGUAUUGGCUGUCG